AUGUCUGCUGCCAGUGAAUCUAAAUACUCUGCUGAAGUGCUUUCCGAAUUAUUAAGCAAACUUCAAGUUGCUGAUAAUAAGGAAGAAGCUGCUGCUAAUGUUGCUUCUUUCUUGAACUCGUCGAUUGUCGAACAUGAUGUUCCAGAACAAUUCUUCCAAGACUUGAAGAAACAAAUUGGUAACAAGAAAGAUGAUGUUAGCAUUGCUGCUUUGAGUGCUUACGCACACAUUGCUUCAUCCAACGCAUUAUCACCAUCUGUUGAACCAUACAUUGUCGCUUUGGUUACUGAUGUUGCUGCUAAGGCUGGUGACAAGAACAAGGAGAUUCAAUCUGCUGCCUCAGAUGCUUUGUUUGCCAUCGCUCAAGCUAUUACCCCAACAGCUGUUAAGGCUUUAUUACCAGCCUUAUUGGACAGCUUGGUUAACACCAACAAGUGGACCGAAAAGAUUGCCAUCUUGAGAUCGCUCUCCCAAUUGGUUGACACCGCUAAGGACCAAGUUGCUUUAAGAAUGCCGGAAUUAAUUCCAGUCUUAUCUGAAGCUAUGUGGGAUACCAAGAAGGAAGUCAAGGAAGCUGCUACCAACACCAUGACCAAGUCCACCGAAACCAUCGACAACAAGGAUAUCGAAAAGUUCAUUCCAAAGUUGAUCGAAUGUAUUGCCAAGCCAACCGAAGUUCCAGAAACCGUCCACAUCUUGGGUUCUACCACUUUCGUCUCCGAAGUUACUAUGGCUACUUUAUCCAUCAUGGCCCCAUUAUUGUCUAGAGGUUUAGCUGAACGUGAAACCGCUAUCAAGCGUAAGGCUGCUGUUAUUGUUGAUAACAUGUGUAAAUUAGUCGACGAUCCACAAGUUGUUGCCCCUUUCAUGGACAAAUUAUUACCUGCUUUAAAGGCUAAUUUCUCCACCAUGGCUGACCCAGAAGCCCGUGAAGUUACCAACAGGGCUUUGAACACCUUAAGAAGAGUUGGUGAUAUCAAGGAAGGUGACGUUAUUCCAGAAGUCUCCACCGCCGGUGAUAUUCCAGUUACCUUAGGUGUUUUCCAAGAAUUAUUAAAGGGUAAGAACAUUGCUUCAAGAUUCGACCCAGCCUUGAACUAUAUUGCUGCAAUUGCUGGUGACUUGAUCGAUGAAAGAGCCAUCAACCCAGACACUUGGAUCCAAAACUUAUUGCCAUUUGCUACUAUUUUCUUACACGAAAAGGAAGCCAAGGAAAUCAUUGAAGAAUUCAGAAAGAGAGCUAUUGACAACAUCCCAGCUCCACCAUCAUUCGAAGAUGAAGAAGAUGAAGGUGAAGACUUAUGUAACUGUGAGUUCUCGUUAGCUUACGGUGCUAAGAUCUUGUUGAACAAGACUCAAUUCAGAUUAAAGAGAAACAGAAGAUAUGGUUUAUGUGGUCCAAAUGGUGCCGGUAAGUCUACCUUGAUGAGAGCUAUUGCUAACGGUCAAGUUGAAGGUUUCCCAACCCAAGAAGAAUGUAAGACUGUUUACGUCGAACACGAUAUCGAUGGUACUCACGCUGAUACCACCGUUGCCCAAUUCGUUCUUGAAGAUGGUGAAGUCGGUUUAACCGAAGAAGUUGUUGUUUCCAAAUUAAGAGAAUUCAACUUCACUGACGAGAUGAUCUCUAUGCCAAUUCAAUCCUUAUCUGGUGGUUGGAAGAUGAAAUUAGCUUUAGCUAGAGCCGUCUUAAAGAACGCUGAUAUCUUAUUAUUGGAUGAACCAACUAACCAUUUGGAUACCGUUAACGUUGCUUGGUUAGUCAACUACUUACAAACAUGUGGUAUUACUUCCAUUAUUGUUUCCCACGAUUCCGGUUUCUUAGAUAAUGUUGUUCAAUAUAUUAUCCACUACGAAGGUUUCAAGUUAAGAAAGUACAAGGGUAACUUAUCCGAAUUCGUCAAGAAGUGUCCAUCCGCUCAAUCUUACUACGAAUUAGGUGCCUCUGACUUAGAAUUCAGCUUCCCAGAACCAGGUUUCUUAGAAGGUGUUAAGACUAAGCAAAAGGCUAUUGUCAAGGUUUCCAACAUGACUUUCCAAUACCCAGGUACAAACAAGCCUCAAAUUCAAGAUAUUAAUUUCCAAUGUUCUUUAUCUUCUAGAAUUGCCGUUAUUGGUCCAAAUGGUGCUGGUAAAUCUACCUUGAUUAACGUCUUAACUGGUGAAUUAUUACCAACUGAAGGUGAAGUUUACGUCCACGAAAACUGUCGUAUUGCUUACAUUAAACAACACGCUUUCGCUCAUAUUGAUAACCAUUUAGACAAGACUCCAUCUGAAUAUAUCCAAUGGAGAUUCCAAACUGGUGAAGAUAGAGAAACUAUGGACAGAGCCUCCAGACAAAUCAACGAAGAUGAUGAAACUUCUAUGAACAAGGUCUUCAAGAUUGAAGGUACUCCAAGAAGAAUUGCUGGUAUCCACGCCAGAAGAAAGUUCAAGAACUCUUACGAGUAUGAAUGUUCUUGGAUGUUGGGUGAAAACAUCGGUAUGAAGAACGAAAGAUGGGUCCCAAUGAUGUCUGUUGAUAACGCUUGGUUACCAAGAGGUGAAAUCAUGGAAACUCACUCCAAGUUAGUCGCCGAAGUCGAUAUGAAGGAAGCUUUAGCCUCCGGUCAAUUCAGACCAUUAACCAGAAAGGAAAUUGAAGAGCACUGUGCUAUGUUGGGUUUGGAAACUGAAUUAGUUUCUCACUCCAGAAUCAGAGGUUUAUCUGGUGGUCAAAAGGUUAAGUUGGUCUUAGCUGCUUGUACAUGGCAAAGACCUCAUUUAAUUGUCUUAGAUGAACCAACUAACUAUUUGGAUCGUGACUCCUUAGGUGCUUUAUCCAAGGCUUUGAAGGCUUUCGCUGGUGGUAUUGUUAUCAUUACUCACUCUGCUGAAUUCACCAAGGACAUUACUGAAGAAGUGUGGGCUGUCUUAGACGGUAAGAUGACUCCAUCCGGUCACAACUGGGUUCAAGGUCAAGGUGCAGGUCCAAGACUUGAAAAGAAGGAAGAUGAAGAAGACAAAUUCGAUGCUAUGGGUAACAAGAUUGCUGCUGCCAAGAAGAAGACUAAGUUAUCUUCUGCUGAAUUAAGAAAGAAGAAGAAGGAAAGAAUGAAGAAGAAGAAGGAAUUAGGUGAUGCCUACGUUUCUGAAGAAGAAGAUUUCUAA